UGUGUGUAGGGAAGGCGGCGGGCUGCUCGGCUCUCGGAGACUGCGGGCGCCAUGGUAGGGGGCGAGACAGCCGCCGCGGUGGAGGAGCUGGUCUCUGGGGUGCGGCAGGCGACCGACUUCGCGGAGCAGUUCCGCGCCUAUUCGGAGAGCGAGAAGCAAUGGAAGGCCCGCAUGGAGUUCAUCCUGCGCCACUUGGCCGACUACCGCGACCCGCCCGACGGCGGCGGCCGCCUGGACCAGCUGCUUUCCCUCUCCAUGGUCUGGGCCAACCACCUCUUCCUGGGUUGCAGUUACAACAAAGACCUUUUAGACAAGGUGAUGGAAAUGGCUGAUGGGAUUGAAGUAGAAGACCUACCACAGUUUACUACCAGGAGUGAAUUAAUGAAAAAGCAUCAAAGCUAAGUCGGAAGAUUCAUCACAUGUUCUUCUUCAGCUACACAGGUUUAGAAAGGACACUGGCAUGUUGACCACAGAUAAUCUCUUAAGACUCCUGGUAUUGCCACUAUAUAGCCAUGAGGCAGUGGGAACAAAAGGGAAUCGUGUCUUGAUUGUUUUAAAAUUCUCAUUCUCCAGUAUAUCAUUGUGAAAGUAUGCAUGGAUAUUUAUGUAUUUAUAAAUCAUGCCUUUAUUUUCAGCGUGAAUGUCCAGACUUUUGUUAAUACCUUUUUUAAUGGUGAUGUAAUAACAGGUAAUGAAUUUUACAUUUGGAUUUUUCAACAAUGUACCUUUAAGUGUGAUUCUGUUUCAUGGUCUUUUUUUUCCUCCUGCCUUCUGAGGCAAACCAGAUCCUUUAUUUCCAUCUGAUGUUUAUGUUAUCCAUAUAUACUAAUGUUACAUAAAUUCAUCUUUUUUUUUAUUUUUUAAAGAAAUGAUUGACAGUCAAAUCAUAAGCUUUGAGGAAGUCAGCCUACAAAAAAGUCUAGCCUUAUCUUAAAACUCAGUAACAUAUAAGAUUCCAGUUAUUUGUAGGUUCUCUAGUAGUUCUCUAAAGCUCCUGGGGAAAGCCCACAUUUUCUUUCUGGAGGCAACCUAAGGCUUCCAUUUUCUAGACUUGAGAAAUUGCCUUACACAUGGCCCUUAAACAAAUUCUUGUUUAGUGUAUUGUUGCUCUGCUUUGAAAUUCUGGUGUUAAUAUCCCCCGGUUUAGUUAAUGUAGCUAUUCUUUACCUCCCUCCUUGUUCUUUUUUUUUAUUAACUACCCACCAUUAAUUACUUACCUCUAGGCAUGAAUACUGCAUUUGUGGGGCAGCAUUGUAGUAAUCACAGUAAAAGUCACUCAUCACUGUGUUUGGCAUUGGGAAUGGUGGUAAAUUAGUGGAUCCUGCCUUAGCUCUAUAAACACAGGUAAUGGAAUAAUCAGAAGUGCUAAAGAGGAGGAGAGCUAGCUUAUGGGCUAUGGUAUAUUUGGGAGCAAAGAGAUGGCAAGGUCCAGUGUCACACCUAUGUAUGGACAUAUCUCUGUAUACCUUUACUUCUGAUCUGGAUUGCUUGCUAGGGUAGACUAAGGAAAAGAAGUCAAGAUUUGUGAUCUAUAACCCUGGACCAGCCACCUCUCCUUGAGCCUUACCUAGAAAUGGAGAUCAAAUCAGUACUGUAGUGAGGAUUAGGAUGUUUGAGCCAUGCAAGUAUUUAGUGAGCCAAAGCCUUUUCUUUUCCUCAACUGUAGCUUAGUAUCUAUUUUGAUUAUCCAUACAAAUUUGUGAGGCUUAGAAAAUAAAAUUACAAAGUCAAGUCAUUUUUAAAAUGCUUUUUCCAUAGGAUCCUGGUCAUGGAUUCUAUUCAGUGUCCCAAAUUAAACAAUAGCUUGUCAGGAACACAUUCACUACAUGUAGCAAACCCUGGGCCCCACCAUAUCACCUGAAUUCAUUUAUUUUAAAAGAUUUAUUUAUGCAUACAAGAACUAGGGUACAGGGCAGAAAUGUGGGAGGGUGAGAGGAUACGCUAGAGACCUAGUGGGGGAUAACAGGUGGAUUGACAGAAAUACACUGCUGAGGGUAACUUGGCAUAUCCCAGCUGCCCAGUACUAAAGUCUGGGCCAGAUAUCCUUCUAUCUGGAACAUGUCAAUUUCUGAGGCCUGAGAUUUGUCAUCUAGUCAUAGCUCUCAUUUUUGACUAGCUUAGGGACACCUUUCAGUUCUGUAGGAAGAGUAAACACAAAUCUUAAGAGGAAAGUGAAUUGCAACAGAUUUUUGGUCAUAUGGAAAUUUCUUCCUUAAAUAAGAAGUCUAUGUUAAAAAUAAUUUCUGUCCUCACAGGGACUUAUAGCUAUGUAUCUAUACAUAUCUUCAGGGAAGAAACAAAAUUUUGCCUGGCUUGCUUUCCAUUAAGAUAAAUACCAUUGAAAUAAGUAUUUAAAAUAAAAGCAAGCCAGGUAAAAUUCUGAUUCUCCCCCCAAGUCACUCUGACCUCUCAAAGUUACAACUCCCAGGGGUGUUCUCCCGGCUAGUACAGGGGUUAAAGUCUCAGUGUUAUCAAGCUGUUGCCAGCCACUGCUGCAUGAGUUUGAUCACCAACCAGGGAG